AUGACUGAGAAGAUUACAUCGACAAGAAGAAUACAGAAGGAACUUGCUGAUAUAACAGUGGACCCUCCAUCGAAUUGUUCAGCAGGACCAAUAGCAGACAAUCUUUAUGAAUGGAUGAGCACAAUACUGGGACCAGAAGGCUCCCCAUACCAAGGUGGCGUCUUCUUUCUUCAUAUAUCAAUCCCUUUGGACUACCCAUUCAAGCCUCCCAAGAUAACAUUCAAGACAAAGAUUUAUCACUGUAACAUCAAUGCGAAUGGCGACAUCUGUUUGGAUAUUCUAAAGAACAAUUGGAGUCCUGCACUCACUGUUGCCAAGGUUCUGUUGUCGAUUUGUUCACUGCUUACUGAUCCCAACCCUAAAGACCCUCUGGUGGCAUCGAUCGCCGAGCAACUGAUACGAGACAAGAACGAACACGAUGAGAAGGCAAAGGAAUGGACACGCAGAUAUGCCCAAUAA